AUGUCGGAGAACGAAGAUGAUUGGCGCGAGGAAGCCCAACCUACGAUCAAGUCCGAGGAACCUCUGAAAUCCUCACGCUUGAUCAAGAACGACCAGAAAUGGGAACCCCUCAAGGAAAAGAUCCGUCGCAUUUAUAUGGUCGAGGAUAAAACUCUCCCAGUAACCAUGAAUAAGAUUGAACUGGAGCACGGUUUCAAAGCAAGUGUGCGCAAGUGGAAAAACAAACUUAAAGACUGGGGCUUCGACAAGAACAUCCCUGCGCAAGAUAUGCAAAUCCUAGUUGCAAAAGCGGAGAAGCGAGCACGAGAUGACGGGAAAGAGACUAUCUUCUCCAUGGAGGGUCGGAAAUUGGACCCCAGAGGUUCGAGAACUUUAAAAGGAGGAAGACGACCCAACUCGUGGAAGCUGCAUCACCGAGUGCUGGCAUCAGAAACACCACCCAAUAUUACAUACAAUACACCAGGUCCACACACCGAGGAUGGAGAAGAAUUCGAGAACCUCUUGAAUAACGUGAUUACUAUUGAAUCAAUAGAUCGAGCUAUUCAUGAUUUCGAAAGGAGGGAUGCACCUGCUGAUCAAUCAAAACACCAUAGCCAAAGACCUCACUUCUCCUCUGAACUAGACUCUACUCCCGAGAACGCCGCUGAUGAAGAAGAUUCCCACCCUAGCGUGUCAGCAAGUUUGGAAAACGAUAUGGCUCAUUAUAUAUCGCUGGAUCUGGACCUGGGCGCUACAAAAGUGACCAUUGGAUCUCCAGAGGACGAGGACAACUUUCCUCACGCUGCUGAACUUGCCACAUCCCUAGCGGGGAAGUCCAUGUUCGCCGAGCAAGCCAGUCUGAUGAACACCAGACUUGAGGAAUUAUCAUUUGUAGCUUCCGAUAACCUUCUCGGGCCAGAUCGCGGCCACGAAGAAAGCCAUACGCUAGAUGACCCAGCGCCGCCUUCACCUCAACAGGUCAGUAUGCUGGCAAGCGAGGACAUGUCCCUAAACCGACCUUCCUACGAGUCGCUCUCUCACAAGCUAAAGUUCAACUUUUCUCCAAUUUCUAGAGAGCAAAUAAGAAGUUCACGAAGAAAAGUUACGGGAAUCGAACGGGAAGAUCACCUUGUGCUGGUGAGUGGAUGCAUAGCAAAGCAACCGCAAGGUAGCUCUUUGGAUCAAGUAUGGAGCUCCCGGAGAGCGCCCUUGGAAUUAUUCCCUGGAUCGUCUUUGACUCUCAGAUCCAGAACCAAGUGGUUGUGUGUUGUUCUUGACGAUUUAGCUAGGAUAUACAAAACUCGCAGGGCUUGGGACGAAGCGGUAUUUACCAUACUUCUCCAGCGGUAUGGGUACGAGAGCAUACGAAUCGAGACCCAUGCAACAACGGGGUAUUCUCUCGAGGAAAGAGAAAUUAAGUAUUUGACAAACAUAUGCACCCACAAGUUGGCUCGCAUAUUUGAGAAGAAAGGCGAUGCACUACUAGCUCAAAUACACUAUCGAAAGGCACUUGACGGCUUCGAAACGGGACCGACGAUUUUCCUCAACCCUCAUGCCAAAGAUUAUCAUCUGAAAUGCCGAUUGUCUUUUGCCGAUUUUCUCCUCAGACAGGAAAAGAAGGACGAGGCGCGACACAUGUACCUCGUUGCCAUUCUUAGAGCCUAUUCAUCUAAGUCGGUCGGUGGAGCAAACAAAAUAUUACUAAUCAAGGUAUUUGCUGCGCUCAAAGAGUUGUUUAUUCGGAUGGAGCCCGAAGAUCGUUUGGUAAGGCAACUCAUGGUCCUUCAAACGUUGAUAUUCGGCGAUUUGAAUACUUGGUCUCUCGUUGGAAGAGCUUUUGCUCGCUUGGCCAAUACUCUAUCGGUGCUAGGAGCAUUCAAUGAUGCAGAGCUGUUAUACAAAUCUGCAUUACCGGACCUGGUGGUAAACUCAUGCAGGACAGAAAUGUUGAAAGAUUAUACAUCGUACACAGAACAUUGGCAGAGGCAGAAUAUGUGGGCACAAAGUUUACACCCUCUAGAGAUAGCCUUCGGGUAUUUGAAUGCAAGUAUCGACAUUGACAGCAAAAUAGACACGACUUUAGAACGACUUCUACAUACAGCACGGAUUCGAUUACGCACAACUGAUUCAAUUCGUAUAGAAGAACAACUCGCGCGUAUUGAAAUCUAUCGCAAAACCUUCGCACAUGAGCGCUCACAAGAACUCGGUCGACGUGUGAUUCAGGAACGCAAAAGAGAAAGAGAGCAGCUUGGUCCAGCGCGCGGUCCUCCUCGCCGUACCAUAUCCAAACAGACAUUCCUAGAUGCCAAUGAUACCUCUUCUUCAACAGCAUGGACUACCAGUACCCAAAGCUCCAGAUUUGGUGUCACAUACUCAGACUGCUCAAUCACCGGUGUCAGCAACUCGGUUUACAUGCACCCCUAA